AUGUUCCCGCUUAAUGCCGCGUAUGGUACUAAGGACGUUAAGAAUAGCGCAUCACCGGGGAUCCCCAGUGGAGUAUACCUUUCCACAGGACCUCAAGGACAGCUUGGCGGCUCCUAUGAAUUUACUGGGAGUGCAAGAAGUUACAUAGAGUUUUCCAACACUGCUGGAGGUCCGUUGGACGUACGUUACUCGAUGACUUUGCUAUGCUGGGUGCACUGUGAAGUCCAAAACGGUCCCAUAUUUAACUACAGGACAGGUGGAAAGUAUGGUGUUCAUUUAUGGGUAGUUAGUGGGAAAUUUUUUGCUCGCUUCAAUAGCCGGGAUUACAUGAAUACAAACAACCUAGCCCAUACCAAUAUAGUUGGAAGGUGGACGUUUGUCGGCGCAUCCUACAACCAUACGUCUGGUCAAGUUAAUGCAUGGGUUGACGGAAUUUUAGUUCAGACAAAAAACAUUGGCGGAGGCAUUGAUCUUGGAACUCAGGACAGUGUCAGGAUGGGAGUCAGAGAUAAUGACGAUAGGUAUUUCAAAGGAAAGAUUUCCCAAAUGCAAGUUUAUGACGUGGCUUUGACACAGACACAAAUACAAGCAAUAAUGAAUUACUUUGUAGGUAAGAAUAUUUGUAUCGUUGUCUUCUUUUAUUAAGUAGUAUCUGGAAUGAUAUAUCUCUGUCAUGCAUGAAUGCCAAAGCGUUUAACAAAAAACGAAUAAUGUUAACCGUUAUUUCAAAUAACUUUUUUAUAGCUCUUAAUAUACCGCAGAUGUAAAUAUCUUUCGAUUGAUUUACUAUCAGCCUUCACUUAUUAACCACUAGCAUUUAUUACUGUCUUCACUUUUUGAGUGUUAUUUCUUUUUGUCGGCUGAAAUGUUCAUUUAAUCAUAGUUAAUUGAGUGGAAUGGUUAUGAAACCCGUCAGACUCCUUUGUUAUAUGUUUUUGUGGACCUGAAAGUGCACAACGUUCAAAAGAAUUCCUAUCAUUUUGAUUGUAUUGACCAAUAAAAACGUUGCAUUAAUUUAUUCCGUAACAAUUUGCCAACAGAAAACAAAGGAUUGUGCACUUUCACGGUACUUCCAACAUAAAAUGCAGCACUGUUGUUUUUAUCAUUGAUGUUUGCCGCUUUUCAUAACCAGUCUCCUCUAAUAACUAUGAUUUAAUGAACAGAAAUUGUACCAGGCACACGAAACGUAAUAAAUAAACAAUAAAAAUAUGGUUUUUAUGCUUUGCAGACGAAUGUCGCCAUAUGGAAUUCAGAAAUUCUGGAACUUUCCUCGGAAAACGACUAAUAAAUCAUGUGAUAAAAAGCCUAGAAAUCGUCCAGGAAAACUUCUGUGGAGCACUUUGCUUCAUGGAAAAUAACUGUGUUAGUUUCAAUACGGAAAUAAGAGGCGGAUCAUCUUCCAAGUGUGAAUUGAAUAAUGCUAGCCACAAUGAAUACCCUCACGACCUACAGCCCUGGACCAAUUACACCUACCGUGGAGCAAAGGUGACAGCCGGAACAAUACAUUUCCAUCCCUUGUUAUCUAAAUAACCUUGAUUGAUUGAUAUGGGAAACCAUCUAUGUUAAGUCCCUGUCUUCAUUUGCCUGUUUCUUGGCAAAAUCAGGACCUAAAAAGAUUUUUAGUGUAAUAUUCUUCAAACAGCAGUUGUCAUCCAUCGAAUUGCGUUUUUGUCCUUUUUAGGCAGUAGUUCGGCUAUUCCUUUCCUCGAAAAGGUGUGAAAACGUACGCCAUUUUCUCCAGCUCAGUUCCAAAACAGCUUAGCUAACACAACCUCUUCUCCAGGACUUCUUGGUUGCUGUCCCUUUUUCUGUCUAUAUACUGUACUAUUGAUGUCAUUUUACUGGUAAUCGCGCGCAAACGUCUUCCAAAUUUGUUCAAAGCCAGCUAGUUAUUAAUUAACUGGGGGAUUUGAGCCAAUCAGAAACAGAAAAAUAUUUUGAUUGAACACUAAAUAUUGUAAUUGGUCAGGGUCCUCAAUGACGGUUUCCUCCUUAAUCACACAUUGAAAACACUUUUUUUAGAUCUCUACAAAUGCAUUCUAAGCGGAACCAUAAAAUUUGUAUCUGUUAGGUCAUCCUAGGGGAACUUGAGUCUUUUCGAAAUUACAAGGGCUUCAAUUUUAUUUUAAUUUUCGAUGUAAUUUAACGUUUUUCGAAAGUGAGAAUUGUACUAAUUUCUCUCUUCAUCACAUUUUUGAAUCCGAAAAUGUCAGGUUUCCUUUUUUGCACGAAAAAUAGCCUGACAUGCAUGAGGAGUGAAAUGUGAAAACUUAAACUUUAGAAAAACGUAGGGAUUUAUUAGAUAAGCUUCGAAACUGUACGUGAAUGGAACAGUUAUCUAGAAAUUUUUAGUCGUCCAAUAUUUGCUCCUCGGAAUAGAUAUUUUACAGAAAAAAGUCGUCGGCUGCCCCUGAUUAGUAAGUGCUGCUAACGGGUUGGGUUCAAUGCUUCAGUGUACUUAUCUAAUAUACAUGUAGCUUUAUGCUAUUUCCAUAAAAUCUGGUCACGCAAUGCAACCUCAUUCAAUGAUCAUAUAGCAGUCAUUUCAUUAUUCAAUAGCUUUAUGCAUGCAUACACAUUCCAACUGAAAAUCUCUGAAGCCAGGUUUCGUCACGUCAGACUAGCUUAUUGCCACGAGGCUGUCUUCAGGCCACAAAGUCGUAAAUAUUUGGCCGGCGGACCGACUAUUUCAGGUGUUCGUUUGUCUAUUCGUUUACGUUUUGUUCUUAUUGUUUUUUAAGAACCACUGUGAUGCACAACGAUGUCAGAACGGCGGAACCUGUCAGGCAGGUUUUACAGACAAAGGAUAUAGGUGUUCAUGCAUUCCUGGGUUCAGCGGUUACCAUUGUGAGAGCGGUGGGUCAAUAUCACAUCCAAUGCGCCAAUUGCAUGAUAAAGUCACUUUAUUAGUACUAGUACAAGUACUUCUAAUACUACUUCUACGACGAUACGACGACGACGACGACGACGACGACGACUACUACUACUACUACUACUACUACUACUACUACUACUACUACUACUACUACUACUACUACUACUACUACUACUACUACUACUACUACUACUACUACUACUACUACUACUACUACUACUACUACUACUACUACUACUACUACUACUACUACUACUACUACUACUACUACUACUACUACUACUACUAGGCACAAAGAAAAGAGGAUUCCACAAAGAAAAAACAUUACAACUCGACGAACUAGCUUUAAAUCCUGACAAGGCGUCAUUUUGGAAUUGUUUAAACUCGAUGAGCGACACUUUCAACGAAAAUGUUCCUGCCCCAAUCUCGGAAGAAUCAUGGCUUCACCAUUUCAAAUCUCUGCAUUCUAUUGACCCGACGAAUUCCACGCAUGAACAUGAAAUCCAUAGGGAACUAAAUUCUUUAGAACACGAAAAGGAACAGUUUAACCAUCUCGAUUAUGAGAUAACUGAGAGGGAAAUACGUCAAGCGGCGAAGAAAUUGAAAACUAAGAAAUCACCAUUUGUUGACAAAAUACGAAAGACAUCAAAUUCAACAUUUCAAUUGAAAUUGUCCAAGAAUACACUUAUUUAGGUACACGUUUAACUCCAACGGGAAACUUUACACUUGCACUCGAACACUUAAAAGAAAAGGCCCUUCACGCGUUUUCUAGUAUUCGGAAGCGGACAAUUCUUAACAAACUUAAUCCUAAUACUGCAUCCCAAAUUUUUGACACCAUGGUAUUCCCAAUCUUGAGUUACAACAGCGAGGUAUGGGGAAUGUACACCAAGCAAGAUUUUUAAAAAAUGGGAUAGCUCCCAAUAGAAAAAAAAUCCACCUCAAAUUCUGUAAAUGUUACUUAGAGGUUAACAAUAAGGCCUCUAACAUAGCUUGCAGAGCUGAACUUGAUAGACUGCCGCUGCUUAUCCCGAUAAAUCAGAAAAUUAUGAAAUAUUUUGUUUACCUCAACAACAAAGAUAAUGACUCUAUAGUCAAACAGUCUACAUUCUAUGAAUAAUUCCGGAUAUUUUUCCAAUUUCAUAAACAUGCUUGAACAAUACAAUCUAACCAGUUUAGAUGCUGAAUCUCUAGAUAAUGAUAAAAUUAGACGAUAUACCACAGAAAUGAGAGAGAAAUAUCUAUCUUUUUUGGCGGCACAGCCUCGAAAAUUCAAAAAACUAGAAUUUUAUAAAACUUUUAAAGAUGAAUAUUCAUUAUCUCUACCAGCUAAGACAUUAUGACGAACGACAGAAUUUUGUUAAAUUUAAAAUAAGUAAUUAUCCUGUCAAGAUCCAAAACAAAUACUCAGUACAGAGGAUUGAAUAAUACAAAACUGUUUGAACAAGCCUCGUUCUUAUCGGAAACAUCGAUGUUAAAAAUUAAUCGGAAGAAACCAAAACUAAGGAUAUUCCAAAAACGCCGAAGGAAAUCAGUUGACAAGAACUUCAACAUAGGCAACGAACAAAUUUAAAUUGUUCAUCAAUGCACCUAUUUAUGUACAGGUUUAACUCCAACGGGAAACUUUACCCUUGCAUUAGAACAAAUAAAAGAAAAAGCCCUGCAUGCUCUCUGUAGUAUAAACGCUACUUGGAAGUGAACAAUAACGCCUCUAACUUAGCUUGCAGAGACGAACUUGCACGACUACCAUUAAUUAUCGCAAUUAAUCAGAAAGUGAUGAGAUGUACUUUGCUUAUAUCGAAUCAACAAAAAUAAUGGCCCUAUACACAUAAUAGUCAAACAACCUUUCCUUAUGUCGAAGAAUCUACACUCUGUUAAUAAUUCCUGGUUUUAUUCCAAUUGUAUCGUUCGAAUUUAUCCGUUAAAAAUGGGCAAUUAUACCAUUUUUGGGGGCUCGAAAAUCCUAGGAGAGGCACGGAAGCGAGAAAUCUUACAACAAAUGUUCCGAAAAUUCUAGAUCUCAAAUCGUCUUCCGAACAGAUAUUUUCCGAAAAUUGACGUUGGGUGCCCCUGGAUUUUGUCUUAAGAGUAACAUGAAUGCAGACGACCAUAGCUUACAAGAUGAGAUGACGCCUGUCAUAAAAUGUUCUGAAGAGAAAAACCCCUAUUAAUUGGUGACACCCUGGGUGACACCAAUUAAACUGAAUUGAACUUAAAGUACACUGAAAAUAUAUUAAAGUCUAAUUUGAAAGCAAUGAAAGUUUUAUGUGCCAUCAAAUUAAAUUGAUUCAAGAAAAAAGGUAUACAAGGAUUCAAAAAAGUGGAAUAUUGUUCUUUGAAAGAGCCUCUUGCUUGGUGUUCUAUUGGGAUGAUCCAGAUCAGGAUCAAAGAUCCGAGUCACUAGGAUCAUAAUACAGUCAUACAUGUACAGAAAUGGCAAAUCCACCCUGGGAAAGCAUUAAUUGAUUCAUUUUAUGUACCAUGGUCCUACGAGUGUCAGAUCACUGAUCCUGAUCCAGAUCUUCCCAAAGGAACGCACCCCAAAAUUUUAAGUUGCCAAGCAGCUCAGUUUCAAGAACAGUUAAUUUUCUUAUUUAUUGUGUAAUGUUUUUUUUAUUGCCUGACUUUGUAAAUUUACUGUACAUGUACCACACUAAGUAGAUGCAAAGGGUAGCAAAAUACCUACAUGUAAACAGUGGAACUAGAGCCACUAUUUCAAAAAGUAGAAUGUCAUGGCCAUGACACUCAGUUUCUCGUUAGAGGGUGUACACUGCCCUCUUUAUCUCGUGCCCGUGCAAGGUCGUUGUGGGUUAUAGGGCCUUAUGGCAGUUCGUGAGUUCAUGAUCACAUUCUUUUGCACCUUAUAAACUCCCCAGGUAAAGACUACAACUAAAGAGUUCGGUGUGGAUGCCCUUUCUUUCCGUUGCCUGUUCUUUUUCCUGUGCAGCUGACUCCUUUCAGCAGAACAUCUCGUUGUGCCGUGUUUGUAAAAAGGCUUUGUGCUCUCUUUCCGUUUCCCAAAAAUGUUCAACCGAACCGGCGUUCACAAAUCUUUCCGACAUCUCGAAACUAAACUGAUAGAAUGUGAUAGAAUGAUAGAAUAAAGGACGUAAACGUUCAAACGUUGGUGCUAAAAACUAUAAUGAGAGAAAGGAUAUCAGGUAAUGCAAGAAUUAGAAGUAAUUUUGACUUAAUGUUCCGGUUGUGCAAUUAAUAAUGAUGUAAAAUUAGGGGUAAUUGAAGUAAAAUAUCAGAAGAUACACUAUCUACUAUUAAAGAGGGUGCAUUUAGUCUAGGACUCUUUCUGCUUUUUCGCUUGUCUUAGUACCUUUCUUUUUCUUUCCUGGCUUUUGUCCUAUUUUUUCACGUUUUACGAGUAAUCCUUUCUUUUAGUCUCAACACAUUUUCCCGUUAACUGACCCUGAAGCAACCACUGAUUAUAGAGAGGAUGGGGCAAGUACCUUCAAUAGCGCGAAACUAGGCGCAAAACUCACUUUGCUUUGUCUGGGAGAACCAUUUUCCCACAAUUGAAAAACAUCGUUGGCUACGGGCAAGAACUCAUGUAUAUUGUGCAUGAACUGUAUGACACAUCUUAUUCCUAAACGGGGGCAAAUAUAACUUCAUGAUAAUUGGCCCUUAAUGCCUGUUUUCAAUGUGAAAGUUCUUUUGAAUUCAUAUAAAAGAAAAAUAACAUUUCUAUCCGCUUGCGAAUCAGGUCUGUUGGCUUAAAUUUACAACCAAAACUUAAUUGUCUCAAUCAGUAUUUCCCAUUAAUGUAGAUAUCGACGCGUGUUCUGAGGCAGGUAGCUGUGGCGUCAAUGCAGUGUGUAACAACAACUAUGGAUCCUACAGUUGCACAUGCGCAGAGGGAUAUUACGGAAACGGAUUUACUUGUACCGGUCAAUCACAAUUGCUGUUAUUUGUAUAUCGAAACGGAAGUAUUUUAAAGACUUUCGUAAGAACUGAUAGCAGAAAAUUAAAGAAUAAGGGUUUUCUUUAUUUUUUUUUUUUCACGUUGCUCAGUUUCCGGUUUCUUUUUAGUGGAAUAUAUUACAUAACCCCUCAUUAUUAUUCACUGUUUGAGAAGUUGGUGGCGGCUUUGAUUGUAACAAGGGAGUGCGGGGCUGAAACAAUAUACACUUAACGUCAGAUCCCGAGGGAAACAGUUAGUUUUGUUUUCCCGAGAGUCCUUCCCGAUGUUUCCCUCGACUUCGUCUCGGGAAACAUCAGAACUCGAGGGAAAACAAAACUAACUGGUUUCCCGAGCGACUUGACAUAAGUGUUUUGUUAUAUUUCUAGACUUUCACUUCAACAGCAACAAAAGAAUAACCGGAGGGAACCAAAACAGUCGACUCGGUUCUUAUAACAACACAAAUUUAAUUCUCAAAACCACUGAAUGUAUGAUUUACAAAGUACCUUCCUUAUAAUAUCUGCAUCAUUUUCCUCCACUAGCUCCUGUAUGUUUUUCUUCUGGGAACUUCUUGGAUAACUUUAAAAAUCGUUGCUUUUUAACUUGAAACUUCGUGUUUGUGUUGUUGUUUUCAUUCACGAAAAAGAAAACUGGCAGGACCUUUUACAGUGUUUUUCCGCCUUUUGUCACGACAGGCUUUCCACCAUGCUUUGGUCACGUGCUGUAAUGUAGCCCAAGCGGGUUACAUUGCUUAAUGUAUCACGAUUGGGAUACAUUUGAUUUUAGUGAAGGCUACGUGACCAAGAAUCAACUAGUAGCAGUCCCUGUUUAGCUGAGUGAAAGUCAAGGAAUAUAACAAUAGCUGAUAACUUUAACAAAACAAUGCAAUAUAUAUUUCCUCUGCCCAUAUUUCCCUCGUCGUAUUCCCCUGCUAAUAUUCCCCUCGACAUGUAUAACCGUCCAAGUAAAACAACACAAGUCAGAGUUUUGAAUUUCGAUUUAACGAACUUAAAACAUUUUCUUGAACUUCAUUUUCUUCGUCGCCAGGUGUCGUAGCGCAGUGUCCUUCAAACCAUAGUUAUCAAACUGGAAGGUUCGGAAACUCGUUAGACCCCUUUGUUAUAGGUUUUUGUUAGCUUUUUUGGACCUGACCGUGCACAAUGUUCAAUAGCAUUCCUAUCAUUUUGAACUUACUGACCAAUAGAAAUAUCGCAUUAAUUUAUUCAGUCACAAUUUGUGAACAAAAAACGGAAAGGAUUUUGCACGGGGAGCUUUCAACAUAAACUACAGCACCAUUGUUUUCAACUUUGAUGUUUGCCGGGUUUUCUAACCAGUCUCCUCUACUAACUCUGUUCAAACUAGCAGUUCGCAUCACCUAAACAAAUUUGACCACUGGCGGCCCAGGUUCGGUGCAUAAAUUACCGCGCGUUUUUGAUACUGUUUUGCAUGUAUUAUUGUUAAAACGUAGAAAUAUAAGCAUAAAAAUAGAAAUUAAUAUCACUUACGUAAACUUGGGUUUGUUGUUACUUUUUCUGUGUAACCUGGGCUCAAUUCAUGGCCAUUUUAUACGGUUUUGCAGCUCGUUGUUUGUUCGAUGACUACGUUUGACCUCGACGACUACGUUUUUCGUGGUGAACGCGAACAUUUUAUUAGACCUUUUUACCGAUACGGCGGCCAUAUUGAAUUUAUUCGAUUUAAGGAGUAUUAUAGGAAGCCCAGGGGGCAUGAGCACAUUUCGUUUGUAGUUUCGAGCGCUUCUCGGGACAUUUUUUUCUUCAAGUUUUCUUAGAAUAAUAUUGUAAUGGGAAAAAGAUCGUUGUGCCGUGUUUUGAUGUAUAUAAUGAUCGCCCUUUUCCCGAGAAAUAUACAGUGAAAGACCAUAUUUCUAAUACUAAACUAGAAAAAGGCGAUCAUUAUUACAUUCAGACACGGCACAAGGAUCUUUUUUCCCAUUACAAUCUUAUUCUAAGAAAACUUUAAGAAAAAAUGUCCUGAAAAGCGCUCGAAAAUACAAACGAAAUGCGCUCAUGCCCCCUGGGCAUCCUACAAUACUCCUUAAAUCGAAUUAAUUCAUUAUGGCCACGCGCAAUCAGUAGACUAUCUGAGGGUAGGUCUAUGUUUUGUCAUGCAUUAAUAAUUACCCGGAUCCCCUCAGCCUAAGUUCGCGUUCACCAAGCAACUCGUAGUCAUCGAGGUGCCUGGUGGCACGUCAGAUUGCCGAGAACCGAAAGCUUUCAAAAUAUUUUCCCACCAAAACAAACACACAUCGCAAUACCUAUGACAAGGGGAAGUGAUAAGAGACUCACCGGGCCUUAAGGAUUUGGCGCUUUCAUGGUGAAUCGGUUCGCGGUUCUUUGAUGCGGGAGAGAUUUGUGAGUUGAGACUGCACACAGUAACCUGCCUUGCUUCGCAUCAUGUAGGAAAACAACACCGAACAAACAACGAGUCGCAAAACCGUAUAAAAUGGUCAUGAAUUGAGCCCAGGUUACAGAGAAAAAGCACCAACCAACCCAAGUUUACGUGGUGAAAUUUAUUUCUAUAUUUAUUCCUAUAUUUCUACGUUUUUACAACUAUAUUAUUUUUUCAUACAAUCGUAAUAUGCGCGGUAAUUUAUGCACCGAUAUUAUGCUGCCUGUGAUGUGACUUAACAUCUCCAACUUCUGGGUUUGCAAUGUGACUCGCUGGACGACUGAUACAAAAAUCUGUCGCGGUGGAGGUCGAAAAGAGUUUCCAAAACUGCUCCGCCUUAGCGUUAAGAAUACUUCUUCCUCUGAGUCACUCAUCUCUUUCUGGUAAAACUACUGUUUGACUACUCCACAUGAAUUGAUCAAUUUCCAUAUUUUAGAAUUCAACCUCAAACAAUUAGAGGCUCUUGAGAAUGAGCAUCUCUAAAGAAUUAAUUUAAGAUUUUUCAAACGUCCUUCUGCAUUAGGAAACCACAUAAGUGAAAAAUAAGCAUAUUACUUAACUUUCCCUCGGCCUCGGGGGUUUGUGAAUAUACCACAUACCCCCUCGUUCCAGGUAAGUAACCCUUACGAUCUUGACUAAAACACCACACGGGUACAAACGGGUAACAUAUGGGUACAAACGAGUACCUACGAGUAACAUACGGAGAACAUACGAGUAACAGACGGAUAUAUACGGCAGCAUACGAGUACCUAGGAAUAACAUACGGAGAACAUACAGGUAACACUUAAAAUUGAUUUCAAGGCGGAUCGGACAGCUAAGGUUUACAAAUUUGUUUGCACACAUAUACGGGUAAUAUAAGACUACAUACAAGUAACCUACGCAUAUUAAAAUGCCAGUAACCGAUAGAUACCGUGAUACGAAUACAUACAGGUAAGCACAGGCGGCCCAAGCUCGAUGCAUAAAUUACCGCAAGUUUUUUUUGCAUAUUACGAGCGAUUUUAAGACUGGGUAUGAAAAAAUCAAUUUAGUUGUUAAAACGUAGAAUUAUAGGCAUAAAUAUAGAAAUAAACUGCUCUUGUGAAACACCUUCACCGCUUUUUAAAAAUUUACAAGACAAAUUCACAUGAAGACAUAAAUUUAUUACUCACAAAAACAACUGCUACCAGGACUUCUCAAGAAGCCGUAAUGGCCAGUCAUUUUUCGUGAAUGGAUAUAAAGUUUAGUUUAGUUCUUUUCUAGUUAUUGCAGUUUUGUUUUGUUUUUUAGCGUAAUUGUUAUAAAUUUAUAAAUUUUCUUCCCUAUUGCCUUUAAUAUUUUCCUUUCUUUCUACUGCCUGCCGUUCUCCCGAAGUGCUACUCGAGGUCCUGCGAGUUACGUAUUUCUAGUUUUAUAUAAACCAUUAUGUCAUUGUGGUUUUUAAAUUUACUGUCUUGUCACUGAAGAGCUCUCUUUAGGGAGUGUCAUUAAAGUUUGUAUUGUAUUGUUGAUUGUCAAAACGUUUCACCUAUCAGAUAUAAGAAAGUUACGAAGAGGGCUGGCAUGGCUUGAGAGUGCCGAAAAUUGCUGUCUUUUACGCAACCUUUCACCCAACCUUUCAACUUUACUCACCUUUACGCUAUAAUGCAUUUGUGUCGAAAUUGCCCUCGCGAGAAAACAUUCUCUCCGUAUCUUGCAGGAAGGACCCAGAAAUCGUUCAGAAAGAGAUUUAUAUUACUUCUUUUAGAAGUUGAUUAUAUUUUGUCACAUAUGGGGCUAGCAUAUCAUAAGAAAAUCAGUUACAGAUCGUUUCUUCUAUAUUCUGAAAAUUCUUGGUGACCUAGUCAGAAGCUAUGAAGAGCUAUUUACAUAAAUGUUUCCCUUUGCUCGGAGCGUCUUUGCUCCGGCAGAGAAUCCCUACUCUAAGUUCUUUUCUAUGGUUACUUUGUAUUAGCUGCCUUGUCCUGUUCGGAUAUCAGAACGAUCGAAGGUUUCCAGACAGCCAGCGGAACAAAAUGGCUGAGCGGAAUAAAUUCCUUGAAGUUUCAGGUACAGUCAAGAUUUCUCUAUCUUCUUGUUAUUCUAAUACGUAUGAUCAAAUAGAUCUUUCGAUGCUAGAGGCUGUUGAUAGGGAAUAGGGAAACAAGAUUCAGAAGAUUAGUCCGAAAAAAAACCCCUAAACUAUAUGGUCUUAUAACACUGUAUAAAUUCACAUGAACUUUUGGCAUCAGUUACAUUUAACUUCCAAGAUACUUGGAUGCGCGCAACAAAUGACAAGUCAUUUGCGUAGCGUUCUCCGUCGACAGAGUUUAAAUACAGAGCGUUUAGUCAAACAAACCUUUGUUAUCUCGAGAUGUUUCACCAAGCCUCUUACCUAAACUCCUGUCAAAGUGUGUUUAUAACAAACGAAAACCAAUUUUCCUUUGUGCCAGGCGUACUGCGACAUGGAAUCAGAUGAUCAAGGAUGGACUCUUAUUGCUCGGUUCUCUAAUAAUGACACCAGAAAUUGGAUGGCGGACAGUGGUGAAUGGUGGUAUGACAAGAAUGUUGCUGCAGGAGAAACAACUGAUCCAUCUGGCAACACUGACAUGAUUUCUCCAGCUUUCUGGUUAGUCAGUGCCAUAGAGUUCAAGAUCACGCGCAGUGAUGAUCCUCAACACACCGCUCUGUUGCAGACCAUAAAUAACUGUCUAGGGGGACAGACUUUUAGAUCAAAAAUAACGAGUUAUGGAAAUUUCAGAAAUGGCGCUGUUUGGGCCAGCAAUAGCUGUCAAGAAAGUUGCACUGUUCAAUACGAAGGUCAUUUCACUAUAACAAAAGGUUUUUCACAGGCUGGCUGCAGCUCACAGCUCCAAAGUGCUACCGAGAUUGGCUUUUGGUGUGACUGGGGCAAUGGGGAUGAAGCUGUGAUAAUGAUUGGCGGAGGGGGAAAUAACUGUGCUCGUGCAGAUCAUGGUAUUGGAGUAACGGAAUCUAACCAAGGCUCCUUCGAGUAUCAUGCUAGUGGUAGUCAAAAAGAGGAGGACUUUGGUGAUUCACCCACAAAGUUAACGAAAAAUUACUCGUUAAACAUGUGGAUACGUUGA